AAAAAAAUGAAUGAUAAUAUUUCGGGAUAUGGAGGAAUUUGUUAAAAUGUCAGAAUGUUUUGCAGAUGAAUUAAAGAAGUAUAACGAAAGCGAUUCUAAAAUUAUAACUAAAAAUCUCGAUGAAUAUUUAAACUUAGUUUCCCAAAGUGGAAUACCUUACUUUUCAUGGUCUAUGAUUAAAAAUCUAAUUAUUUCCAAGACAGAAUCUGCUUUAGAUUUAUUUUAUUUAAAAUAUCCCAGUAUCAAAAUUAUUGAUAGUAAAUUCUUAGAAAAUUUGUCUUAUCAAGAAAUGAGGUCUCAAUUAUUGAAUCUUUACCAAGAACUUGAUGGGACUCCAUUUACUAUUCAAAGAAUAGUUGAAUUAAUUAUUGAUCCAACCAAAAAUUAUAAAUCAAUUGAUAAAUUUAUUAGAGGACUUGAAAAAAACUUAUUGAUUGUUUCAGUUAUUGAACCAAUAUAUCAAGAAAAAUCUGAAAAUGUAGAUGAUAUAAACAAACAAAUAAAUUUUCCUGAAAAGUAUAAGGAUUUAGGUCCUAUAUCAAAAUUAUUAUAUGAAGAUAAUAAAAAUAAUACUCACUCAGAACAAAUUAUCAAACAAGAUUUGGACAUUAAUUCAUCGAUAUAUGAAACAUCCAUAUUUGAACAAAUUACUGAUGUCAAAAAUAUCCCAAAUGAAAAUUCUGAAACUUGUAAAACUAGUCCCCAAAAUCAUGAAAUUAUUUUAAGCAUUGUAGAAGAAAAAUUUAAUGAAUCAAAAACAUUUAAAAUAGAAAUGAUGGACGUAGAAAAUAAUUCCAAAAUCGGCGAUAACAUCGAAUCCAACAUCGACGAGAAUAUUGAAAAAGAAAUCCAUGUUUCCGAACCAAUUGUUAAAAAAUCUAAAACUGAAGACUCUGUGAUUGAUUAAUAUUUAAAUUUUAAUAUAUAAUAUUAUACUGCUAUAUAAACUUUAUAAAAAAUAAAUUUUUAAAUUAUACCUAUAUUUUAUAUUGUAAAAACUAAUUCUAUCCAAAAAAAAUUUUCAUUCAUGUACAGGAUUAUACUCAAAAAUAAUGA